GUUGUUUUUGUUGUGUUGUUGUAGAUGAAUAUUAAUCCAAAGAAAAGCUGGCAUGUUCGAAAUAAACACAACGUUGCCAUUGUGAGAGAGGAUGAGGCCAAGGCUCUCGCAGAAAAAAUGGAAGAGCAGCGAAAGAUCGACCUGGCUGAUUCUGAGUAUCGUUUAAGACUCCUUCGUUCCCGUGCUGCCAAAGAUCCCUCAAUCGUGACAGAAAACGCAAAAAUUGUUAAAAAAACUGAACUGACGGAACACGUCAACUUUUUUAUGGACGAAGAAAAGGGACUUAAAGCCUCGUAUUUAAAAAACGCCGAAACUGAGCAAGAAAAAAAGGACUCACAAGAAGAUUGGGAAAAGAAAAUUGGUUAUCUCAACUACCUGGGUGUAUUAAACAGGGACAAUCCUGAUCUAAGUGUCCCCUGGUACCUCGAAUCUGCCAGAUUGCGUAAAAGUGAGGACAGUUUGGAGGAUUCUGGGAUUGAGAGUGAUCGGAAAAGGAAGUCUUAUUAUGAUCCUCUGAAUGACGUAAAAAGAGCGACCUCGAAGGACCAGUCGAUUGUAAGAAAGGAUGAUUCUAUAAAGAAACAAGAACAAAGUCGUAAGUCAAUUGAUACUUUGCGGAAUGAACGCCACAAUUCGAUAAAUUCAAUCUCAGAGAAUAUUGAUAUGAAAAGAUCAAUUUUACAAAAAACCAUUGUUAGUUUUCAAAAUCUCAAAAGCAAUGAAGGAAUGGCUAUCCCAAAUUAA